AAUAUGGUGUCGCGCGCUUUACCACACAGAUUUGAUGUAUUGGAAACUAUACAAAGAUUCUUUUGUUGAUUAAAGAAUAUAUGACAUUAUCAGUGCUUUAAAUGUGUUUUGUACAUGUUAAGUUUUUUUUUUCUAUUAAAAUAUCUUUGACUUUAUGAUAAUUAAGUGUUUCUAUAUAUUACAUACAUUUGUGGUCAGUUACAUACACACUGCGGCAGAUCAUAUUAAUUAAAAUUUACAUACGAUUAUUUACUAUCUUCGUCAAUUUACAACUCGUAAUCAACAACUACAAUAUGAACGUUGUUCCAGGAACAGCCUCCUUAUUAGGAGAACUUGACAAAAAACUAAUGGUUUUACUGAGAGAUGGUAGAACAUUAAUUGGAUACCUCAGAAGCGUUGAUCAAUUUGCUAAUAUAGUACUUCAUCGUACCAUUGAAAGAAUUCAUGUAGGUAAAGAAUACGGAGAUAUUCCAAGAGGUAUAUUUAUUGUCAGAGGAGAGAAUGUUGUACUAUUAGGAGAAAUCGAUAGGGAAAAAGAAAAAGAUUUACCAUUGACAGAAGUAUCAGUGGAUGAUAUUCUAGAUGCGCAAAGAAGAGAACAAGAAAUGAAACAAGAUCAAAAGCGCUUGAUGAACAAGGCUUUGAAAGAGCGCGGUCUUUCAUAUAUUCCAGAUUUGGGUCACGAUGAUAUGUUCUGACCCACGUCUACAUCUCCGGGCAUCACUUUGGAAUCAUCUCCUACUUCUUCACAUAAUUCUGACAAUUAUGAUGUGUGUUGUACAUCCAUGUCCUUUUCUAUUAACAUUGCAAAGAAUAUACAUGAUUUUGAAUAACGAAAAUGUAUUUAGAUAAGAAUUUUGAAAAAUAGGAAAAGGAGGAAGGUUACCAUCAUAAUCUACUACAUAUAUAUGUACAUUCAUGAAUUCAAUAAUUAAAUAUCACGCAUUAGUACUAACUACAUCAUCGUAUGAAAUAAAGAUAGUAUUUAUGUCAUUUUUAAAUAUAUAAUUGAUUCUGUAAUAUUGCUAUUGUCAUAUAAACAGUAUUUAUUUUUUCUAUAAUUCUUUAUAAAAAUGUUAACAAAACAGAUAUUGAAAAUACUCUUGAUAUAACGGAUUAAAAAUUUAUAAAAAAAAAGAAAGUAAAGAUAUACAUAUAUAAGCUCUAUUGUAAGUUCUUCGACUGUUAGUAAAAUAAAAUUUAAAAAAUGCUUUUCAUUGUGGUAGAUACUUUACUUUUCAAUUCUACAACAAAUUUAUAUAUUACAUAUCUUAGAUAUAGCAUAUAAAAAACAGCCACAUCAUAAAUUUUACCCUGAUAUAAAAUUAUUAUAUAUAUAUUUUCUGUGCCCACACAGCCUAGUAUAAACAUUUUUUAAAGAAUAAAUUGAAAGAAAUAUUGAAAAAAAUUAGAAGAAACAUUUGUAAAAUUUCCAUGCAUCGCCAUUAACACUAAAGUAUUGAUGUUGUCAUGGAUUCUAUGAGAUUUCAUAAUUUCUAAACAAAUAAAA